AUGAGAUCAAUCAACGACAUACGAUCAUCGUCAUCGACGCUGUCAGGUGCUCCGAGUUUAACUAUGAGUAAGCCAAGCUUAAACAACAGCAAAGCAAGUCUCACGCACAGCAGGCAGAGCCUGAAUGAUUCAAAUCGAGAAGGUAGACCACCGACCAGAGAAGAGCUCAUCUCGGAAUUCCUGGAUAAAGCAAAAUUCUAUACAUCGCUAUGCUUAGGCACGACAGCUAUCUUGUCAGUUUUUGCGUUUCUUUUUCUUAUACCAUUUGUGGUGGAUCCAGCGAUCUCAACGAUCGUGGCAGAUUAUGAUCCUGUGCCGGUGACAUGCGUCGUGACGGAUCACGUCUAUGCCGAAGGAAUGAGAAACUGUACCUGGAGCUCAUGUCGAGAGGGUUGCACAACCGCAGCCAUCCGGUGUCAUCAGCUUCUCGUAAAUUACACCAAAAUUGCAUUUCACGAGUGGCACAAACACCCUCGUGAUCUGGAUAGUAUCGAGUGGGAUGUCAUGGAUACGAAAUUUCUCGUCAACACCGAGGGUUGCGGGUAUCCACCACGAGUAAAUUGUUCCGAAUUUGCAAAGCAAUACGGUUACUCACACGUUGGAGAACCGUUUCCUUGCUACUACAGUCGUGCCUAUCCAGAAAUAGUAGUAGCUCGCUACUCCUGGGAUGACAAUCUUAAACACCUUAUACUGUCUCUGAUCAUUCCGAACGUUCUGUUCGCUGUAUCAAUCGGUGUUCUGAGCUACUGGUAUUGUCCUUGCUGUGAUAAAGCCUGCCACAAGUCGCCUCGGGUCUAUGCGGAGAAGUAUCCCACGAAAGAGAACAAACUUCUAUGCCGUAGUGACGAUGAGGAAGACGAACUAGACUACUGAAAAACACACAUACACAUCCACACACAUACACACGGCCCAUUCAAUUUACAUUUCUCACCAAGCAGCUGCCGACAUUUUGUGUUUUGAAU